AUGCAGUCAAUUGAAAACAAGGACGCACCAGAAAUUCCAGGUGAAGGAAAACCGAGGCGUAACGCUUGUUCUCCUGAUAAAUUGCUUGAUUUUCCUCCUGAAGCAACUACUUUAUAUGAAAAUUUUUUGCUCGGGGUUAAGGUAUCAGGGGAUAGUAAAUUUUUGGGACAUCGACCUAUCAUUAAUGGAGUCGCUCAACCCUAUGUUUGGGAAACAUACUCGGAGAUUCAACAACGUGUUGCAAAUUUUGGUUCCGGUCUAUGCAACCUUGGCUUAAAAACUAAAGAAUUUCUUGGAUUCUUUUCUAUUAAUACUCCAGAAUAUGUUAUUGCUGAUCUUGCUUGUAAUCAAUAUAACUUUAUAUCUGUAACACUUUAUGAUACUUUGGGUGCAGAAGCGCUUAAACUUAUUAUUAAUCAGACUGGGUUGGAAUUUGUGUUCACUACUUCUAAUAAAGGUCGAACUCUUUUAGAUAUGAAAGAAUCAUUACCAACACUUAAAACUAUUAUCAUCUCUGAUGAUGUAGAUCAAGAUUUUAUAAAGCGCGCUAAUGAAUUAAAAGUUCAAUUAGUCGAUUUUAUGACAGUAGAAAAUGAUGGUAAAUCUCAUAAGACAGAAGAAGUCAAUCCUAAACCUAAUGAUAUUGCUACUAUUUGCUACACUAGUGGUACCACUGGAAUGCCUAAAGGUGUAGUUCUGACUCACAAAAAUUUAAUGGCGACAAUUUGUAGUACAAUAUUUCUUGGUGAAAAAGGAAAAUUGAUAAAAUUUAAAAAGGAUGACGUGCAUAUUUCGUAUUUGCCAUUAUCUCAUGUGUAUGAAAAAGUAAUUGAAAUUACAUUUAUUUAUGCUGGCGCUGCAAUCGGAUUUUAUCAAGGUGAUACUUUGAAAUUAUUGGAUGAUAUUGCUGAAUUAAAGCCGACUGUAUUUUUUUCUGUACCAAGACUACUUAAUAGGAUAUAUGAUAAAUUGUUUGCUUCAGUUAAAGAAAAAAGUAGAGUAGCUCAUUGGAUGUUUACAACUGCGUAUAAUGCCAAAAAAAUUGGGUUGUCAAAAGGUAAAAUUGAUCAUUGGCUGUGGGAUAAAUUAGUUUUUUCUUCUGUCCGCGAAAGACUCGGUGGUAGAGUUAGAACAAUUGUGUCUGGUGCUGCUCCUAUUUCUCCUGAUGUUAUGGAUUUUUUAAAAAUUUGUUUUUCCGCUAAUGUUUUUGAAGCAUAUGGUCAAACUGAAAGUGCUGGUGCUUUGUCAGUCGUGCGCCAUUCAGUAUUUAAAGAAUAUUACAAAGAACCACAGAAAACAAAGGAAGUACUCGAUAAAGAUGGUUGGUGCCAUACUGGUGAUAUUGGAAUGUGGGAUGAAUUAGGUAGACUUGUAAUUGUCGAUCGUAUUAAAAAUAUUUUUAAAUUGGCUCAGGGUGAAUAUAUUGCUCCUGAAAAGAUUGAAACCGUUUAUUGUAAACAUAAUUUAGUCGCUCAAGCAUUUGUAUAUGGUGAAUCACUUCAAGAAUCAUUAGUUGGUAUAAUUGUGCCAGAUUGUGAUGCUUUAAUUUUGUGGGCAAAACAAAAUAAUUUGGAAAAACACACAUUUGAAGAGCUAUGCAAACUUCCAGAAAUCAAGAAACAUAUUCUUCAAACCUUAGUUAAUCAUGGUAAAAUAAAUGAUCUAAAAGGGUUUGAAAAUGUGAAAAAUAUAUGCUUGAUAUCCGAAAGUUUUAGUGUAGAAAACGAUUUGUUAACUCCUACUUUUAAAUUGAAGAGGCAUCAAGCUAGAAUUAAGUUCCAAAAGGAAAUUGAAACGUUGUAUUCUGAGAUAUCCCAAGCUUAA